AUGGAUUCUCAUCUUACAGGCCUUUGGGUUAACUUUUUCACAGCUGCUGGAAUACCUUCAGAGGUGGCUGCGACUUAUGCCCUAAGUUUUACUGAAAAUCGAAUACAAAUUGAUAUGCUUUUGGAUCUUAAUAAAGAAUACCUGAGGGAUAUGGGUAUCACGAGGAUGGGGGAUAUCAUUGCUAUAUUGAGACAUGCAAAGCAAGUUCAUGAAAACACAGCUAGAGAUAAAGUGUUGAGUACCACUACUGUGACCAAAGUGCCAGUAGCAGCUGUGGCAGGUCGAUCCACUGUUCAGACCCCUUCCACUGCAAGUCGAAUUCUGGAACAUUACACCCGUAAUCCACCCAGGUCAUCUUCGCCUGUAACUGUUGUACAGAAUAAAAGAAAAUCAGAUGAAUACAUGCCCCAAGAAACAGAAGCAAGUGUUAAAAAAGCAAGACUUAUUCGAUUUGGUGCAACAUCUAAAGUAGCUCCAGCAUUAAUUACUAAAGAAGUUCCAACUAAAACUGUGUUUGCUCGGCUCGGAUCAUCAGAACAAAAUGUAAAAGAAACACAGAAGGAAACUAAACAAGUUUUUGCGCGACUCGGGACCAAGGACAAAUUAGAUAUUGCUAUACCUAUAGAGAAAGAUGCUUUAAAGUAUGAAGGCAUAUUAAAGAGUCCACCAGUUGUCAAACGCAGCUUCACAGUCACAGCGAAUACCAACACAAGGAAGAUUACUGUGGGGACUAUGCGGGCAGAUGAAGCACCCCUCACUGUCAAGCAAAAGCUAUCUCUGCCUAAAACUAAGUCGGUCAAAUUCUCUAACCAAGUGGAAUAUAAAGAAAUUGAGAUCAGGAUACUGCUCUGGUGUGUGGUCUUAGCUGAAUCAAGUGUAAGAGCUGUUAACAUAGCGACAAGUUCGAGCGUUUCAGACAAUAUAAGUGCAGAAAGUUCAUCUCGACUGUACAGGAAUGUGCCUCUAGGAAUAUAUGCAAGUUCAACGCCUUACGCUGCUCAUUCCUUCCAAGUUCCUAAUGUCUUAGUUCCAAAAAAUAUUCCAGUAAAGGAAGAAACCAUUCUCGUCCAGAAUACAAAUGGUUACUUGAAAGACUCCUACGGCAACCAAUAUUCGCACACACCCCAAGCUUUGGCAUACAGAGCGACGUUUCCACGUCAGUUUGUGCAAUUGCAAAAUCUUCCAGCACAUCUAAGUCAAGCUUUGGUUUCUCCGAGAAGUCAAUUCCAGUUUGCAGCGCCACAUUUUUUCCCGUCAUAUAACGUGCAAAGCUUUCAAGGAGUACCUCGGGCGACUCUCAGUCAAUAUACAGUGCAACAGCAGCCUGGUUAUGUGAACGCACCCAGUGUGUCUGCCAAUGUAUUAUUAUCAAGUAAGAUACAGCCACAAGCCCAACAACAAGCGACUGCCAACAAGGUCACAUACUCUAAAACUCAGGCUGGAGAAAAUUACAAUAAACUACAAAAUGACCCUAAAUUCCUACGUUUACAAGAAGCACUGCAAACCGAUAACCACAACAAUGAAAGUCCUCAUGCUAUUCAGCAAAAGGUACAAAACAACAAAUUGCCUCAGCUUAAGCAAGGAGCGAAACAAACAACUAUAACAACCCUGUCUAAUGGGCAGAAAAUUGCUGUCAACAUAGUUACAAAACCACCCGUCCCGCUUUUAGAUCUCAGCCUUCUCGAGCCCCUGACUUUUGCAAAUCCAUUAGUACCUCAAGUGCAACAUUAUCUGCCUAGAAUUAAUGAAGCAACGUACCAUAAACUUCCAAACAUGGAUGAAGUGAAACAUCACCACAUGGAAUUUGUAGUAGAAAAUACUAAAUCGUAUGACAGCGAAGAAGCUCCGAAAAAGAAUCAAAGAAAAAAUCAAGAAAAGGUUACACAAGACAUUGAAAUUGAUUCGGGAGAUGAAAUAAAUGAUACUCCAGUUGUAACUGAGAACAUAGAUCUCAAUGGUAAUCCAGAACUGUCGUACGAAAUUAAUUUGCCUAACUACAAAGAGACUUAUACGGAACAAAAAGUAAACUAUAACAAAGAGACUAAAGAUGAUCCUCAAACAUACAACUACGACACAAAGGUAGAAAGUAAACCAAUUCAUUAUAGUUACGAAAAAAAUACGCAAAAAAUGCCAGUUGUUGUAAGUUAUGAACAUCAUGUUGAAAAAGCGCCCAUUCAAUACAACUACGAGGAACACACAAGUAAGGAACCCAUACACUAUACGUAUGUGAAAACCUCGAAAGAACCAGCACUUCGUGUCUACAAAGAUAAUCAAAAUCCCAUUCAUUUAGUGCAUACCAUUAAUGAAGAAAAUAAGAAGGGUUUAAAAUCUCAUCACCAUGUGCGAGGAAAUACAGAGAGAAACGUAGAAGAUGUUCCCAAAACCAACCAAGAAGCUAGGUCUCACCCAAAGAAAAAACAUAAUGGAAAUCAUGUUGCUCAACAUGUUGAAUUUCCAACUCACACUCAAAAUACAGAAUUGGGAGACAGAGAAACACAAAAAUAUUACCCUAACGAUCAGCAAGACGCUAAACUUGACAAUCAUUCGCCGCAUACUCAAGUUCAAGUUCAUAAAACAAAACACCCCAGUCAACACGAACAAGUUUAUUACAAAAUUCAAACUCCUGAAAACGAUGACGAUGUUCCUCAAUUCAGAGAACACGACGAAAUAAGAGUGGACCCUAAUCAACAUAUUCAACCAACAAGGAGGCCUCCUCCAAGAACACAGGCUGAACCAGAUACAUAUGAUCAUCCUAAGGUACAUUAUACUUCAGAAGUAGUCAAUAAAGGACAACCAAAACAAGAAAACUUCGAUGAUCCCGACGACGAUGAUAAAAAUAAUGAAGAAAAUUUUGAAAAAAGUUAUAAAGAUGCCGCGUUCGGCUUCGCUGCUUACGACACGCCGCGCGAGGACUUCGAAAAAAAUAUUUACAAUCCGGCCACCUAUGGUACACCGCGAUAUUACUCAGAGUAUAAUAUAGAGAAGACCCCAUUUCAACAAUACGAAGCAGAAGGUGAUAACUUUCCCAAAUUCGCCCGCUCAAAUUACAAGGACGAAAAGGACAAACUACAAGAAAAUUACUACUUAGACUACGCUGUUAGUCGACCGACUAGUCUUCGUGAUAGUUUUCGAAGCAAGGAAAAUUAUUACAAAAUGUUCCAAAACAAUAGACCCGAAAAAUACUACAGGAAUGUAGAUGAGAAUAAAAUACAACAAUCAAAAUCCACUUCCGCGCCGAUUUACGACUUUUACUCUACGGAACAACAGAAGCAGCUAAUUUCGAAACAGAACUCUGAACCCCACACUUAUGAAUAUGAUUACUCUAAAGAUAAACCGAGAGACCCAUCAGCGCACGCCUCUCAACCAUUUCAAAGAUAUAAGAGUAAAACUCACUUCGUAGAACCGCAAUUCCAGUAUGGUUUUGAACCGAUAUCAAUUCCACAACUGCUAGAUAGCGAACUGGCUGCGAUGUCAUCGAAUCAUAAUCCUAAAACCGAAAAACAAGGAACGCGAAAAAAAAUGUAUAAGGAAAAUUUAUACAUUAAGAAAACCAGUACAAAGGGUGGGAGCAGAGUUAGUCGAUAA